AUGGAGUCGGAUACAUUGCCCGGUACACGGCCAUUGCCCUCUUCCCUGCCUCAACAAGGAUGGCCCCGACUACUGUCCCCAUCCCAUGCGUCUCCUACUGCUGGCCCCUCACACCAAACACACCAGCGAUACGAGUCCUUUGCCGAAGAUCCAGCCGCUGCAUAUCGUGCCACCGCUCUGCGCCAGCUGAACGGUUCCCCGAGGCAUACGCCCCGUCCUGUCCGAGUUGAUAAUUCCUCUGCGCGGCGCUCAUCGACACUCGCUACGCGCCCUGUGCUCGUCAGGGAAUAUUCGGGCGAUGCCCAGCAGAGAACUACACGACCGCCUGCUAUGUCUACGCGUCGGUUCUUCCCAUUCUCCGGCUUGAGGAUCUCGGCUUCAUCUCGCCCGUCCCAGUCUGAUGUCAUAUUUCCGUCUGAUGAGGAUUUCAGUAUCGAGAGUAUACUGCAGGCCAUUGAGCCUGAUAUCCGUGGAACUCUGGACUCCAUUGCUGAGAUCUGUGGGAGGAGCAAGCUGAGUCUUUCGAACGAGUAUGCGAGCCACAUCGCACCUUUGGGUGAGAUAUGUGCUCCGUCGGGUGCGCUUGAACCAGUCGAGGAGGCCAGGCCCAGUGAGCAACGGCAUGCGGAUGACAGCAAUGCGGUCAUUCUUGACGAUGAGACUAGUCCGAUUGAUCCAACUCGUGAUAUCUAUCCAUUCUCGUUCCAUCGGUAUCUAGAAAAUCUGCGGCAGACUGCGUCUAUGCUGGAACAAAAUAGUACACCCAGCCAAACAACUCAGGGGCAGUCUCAUUCUCCGCGCUCUCUUGGCAAAAACUCCGAGAUCGAACCUGUGUUGGCUAUUGGCCCGGAGACUCCUAUAUCCCCGAUCCCUUUCACGCGCGAAUUUGCAUCAAGGCCCAAGCAUAGUGGAUGUGAUCUACUUGCAAAGAAUGCUGCUACUGGCAGUGGUGAACAGCAGUUAUCUCAGAUGGCCACUCCCGCUGUGGUGUCCGAGGUUCAUCUAGAGGCGAUUGCAAACGAUGGGUCCUCCGCCGAAUUCAACACUCUCCCGCCGCCUACUCUAGGCACCGAUAGUUCGCCUACUACAGGAAGCGCGGGUCCGGAAAUCAUUCAAUCUCUCCUUGGCUGGCUAAAGUGGACGGCGAGUAUCGCUGGACCAGAAUCUAGCCCUGCUUUGCAGUCCGCGGAGGAUCGGCUAAGAGCUAUGCUCGAUCGUUCAGGGAAUGAGGAUACACCCCCAACUAUACCUUAA